ACCGAUCGGGUUUCCGGUACGGAUCGGGUAGCGACAAGCACAGCAUUGCAAACAAGAAUGGAACCUAAAGUAAAGAAUCGAUCUCACCAGGCUAAUGUCGAUCCGAUGCCGACUUGGUAUCGAUAGAAUCGACAUUUGGAACCAUCUUAACGGACGACACAGCGCCUGUUUAUCGCUUUUCACGCGACGCCCAUCUACUUCCACGAGUUUCUCUAACUCUCAGCAACAAUGACACACCUCGCUCGACAUCUUCUGUACUUCAUCACAUCGCAGACCGUUUUUUCAGUGGACACACUCACUGAAGUGAUCGUGGAAGAAGGGAGCGCUGUCGUUCUGCCCUGUGCUCUCAGCAGCAAACAGGACAUCACUAAUGUCCUGUUUGACUGGAAGAAGGGUAGUCAGGAGGUUUUUAUGUAUGAUGGUGGUGACCAUUACAAUAAUGGACGACCAGGCCAAGAUAAGCAGUUCAAAGAUCGGGUCUCUCACCUGGAAGAAGAACUGAAACACGGUAACGCCUCCAUAAGGAUCAACAACACCAGGGUGUCUGAUAGCGGGAACUACACGUGUCUUUUUCCACGGCUCAACCCCCCGAGAACGUUCAGCGUGCAGCUUGUUGUCAGUCCCUCCUACAUGGACAGAUUAGCUGAAAACAUUCUGGGCGCGUCUAUGACACCAUAUACUGCCAUACUUAAUGUCACAGAGGACGGGGUGACGCUGAGAUGUGAGGUUCCAGGCGUUUUUCCCAAACCAAAGUUGGAGUGGCAGGACAGCGAUGGAAACGUUCUCCCUGCCGAGGAGCCACAGGUCUUGGAAAAGCGAGGACGCUACUACGUCUCCCUGAGAUCCACCGUUAGCAGGACAACAACUAACCUGUUUGUUUGCGUAGCCAGGCAGGAGGACAUCCACCACCAGACUAAAGCAGAGAUCUAUGUGCCCGAGAAAAUAUUUGAGGAAUGCAAAGUGUUAGAUCAUGGCUGGAGUGUUGUGCUUGGAAUUCUAAUUGGAGCUGUGGGAACGUUACUCACGAUCGGCGCCAUCGGAACAUGUCAGAGAGACUCAGAUCGCUGUGGACCGUACACCGCAGUUCUGAGUCUCAGUACCUGUAGCAAGUGCGGAGAAACCGUGGACAAGAGUGGCCCCAACAGCCGUGACGCACCAACACCUGGGCCAGCUGAGCACACAACACAUUUGAGUGAGUCAACUGAAAGGGGUCCUACAGACUCACUCCAACGUGAACCUCAAACUGCAGAGCUUGUAAAUUUGAGCCAGUGUGGAGAAACAUCGGACAAAGGUGCCACCAACGGCCAUGCUGUGCACGAGACAAACACAAACAUCACUCAGAAGUCGGCUGGGAAACUAAAACAUCUGAAAACUCAAGAAAAGUCAGGAACAGAAGGUGCCGAGGAAAUAGGAUCCAACGGAGAGAUAAAGUUAGACGUAGAGCUGGACGACAGGGACUGAUGGAGAUGUGAACCACUGUCUUACAUUCAGUCUGUGCAAAAGUCAUGAGCCAGCACUCAUAUUUGAUGUAAAAUUAGUACAGGAAUUAUUUAGAACAUAAAUUCUGUACUGAUUGUAUAGAAUUUAUGUUACAGUACCGUAUGUUACAGUACCGUACAGUACAGUACCUUGUUGAAAAAUGGAAAAGUGAUGAGUUUCCAAGACUUUAAGAAAAAGUUUGGGUUGCAAAAUCAAGAUUGUUUUUAGAUUUUUGCAACUGAGGGACUUCCUGAAUAAAAAGCUUAAAAAUUCUCAGUUAUCGACUGGGAAUGAAGAGAUUAUAAAUAUAUUUGAGAAUGCAUAUAGAGAUGGACCCUAUCAAAAAAUUAUUUCCAAAUUAUAUUGUUCACUGAUCAAUCUACGGGGUCAUGAUACAAGAUAUGUUAAAGCAAGAUGGGAAACAGAGAGCAAUCUAUUCCUAACAGGAGAGGAAUGGGAUGGGAUCUGGAGGCAGCAGUGGUCAGUAACAAGCUCCCUCUCGUGGAGGGAAUUCUGGAAGAAUGUAUUUCGUUAUUUUAUUACCCCAGCCCAAAAAUCCAAUUAUUCUCAGAAUACAACAUGCUGGAGGCAGUGUGGACAUGCAACAGCAAAUCAUUUCCACAUUUUUUGGGAAUGUCCCUGUGUGGUUCCAUUUUGGAAGGAAAUACAUAAGGUCAUGGAAACAAUCUUCCAAAAGAAAAUACAAUUUAAUUUUGCAUUAUUGUACCUAUAGGCAACCUAGAGACUCUUAAUCUAUGCAAACCGGAUAAAUAUUUGUUCAGUGUGCUGUCGGUAGCUUGCAAAAAGGCCAUUACUCGCCUUUGGAUUAAAGAGGAUAUUCCUACCAUAGAUGAUGUGAUAUAUAAUAUAUUUGUUAUGGAAAGAAUAAGCUUUAGGCUAAAGUGGCAGGCGGACUCAUUUGAAGAAUAUUGGUUGAAAUGGUUGAAAUAUGUACAAAAUGGGAGGCCCGAUUUUGUAUAAUGUCAUUGUAUUUCUUGGUUUA